AUGAGUAGACGAUUAAGACUACCUAAAUCAUUCACAGCAUCCAAUGCUACCUCUGAUCCAAAGCAGUCAACUCUGACUGGAUUCUUGGUUGCCAAGCAGACACCUGACCAGAGUAACACAUCUACUACUACAGCAGCUCAGUCAAAGAUAUCUACUUCCACAACUUCUACGACUGCGAUAUCCAAUGUUACAAAGAAGCAGAAGGAUGACAUCUUUGAUGAUGAAGAUGAUGAGGACUUUGUACCUGCUGUAAACAAAUCAAAGACAACAACAACAACUAGGUCAGCUGCAACAUCAACUGCUACUACAUCAUCAUUAUCACCAAAGUCAAGAUCAAUCAAAGCUAGUAUGGAGUUGAAGAGUCCAGACAAGCCUGCAACUGUCACAAUGUCAAGCAGUGGAAGAAGAAUAGUCAAGAGGGUUGAUGUUGUCAUGCCCGACAUCAGCGAUGAAGAGGACGACGAUGAAGAUGUACCAUUGUCCAAGAAGAAGUCAAACAACAACCGCAACAACAACAAGAACAACUCUGUCCUUGGCAAGAAGAGGAAGAAGAAGGAUAGUGAUGAUGACUAUGAGCCAUCAGAUGAGGAACCAGAGUCUGAUGAUGAUCAUAUAAUGGAUGAAGGAGUGGAGGAGGAUGAUGAGCCAACUCAAGAGGAUGGCAAAGACACCUUGGACGACUUGAUCUCACUCGACGACACAUCAUCCAAGGACACAGGGGACCAGGCACAACAGACACCUGCCAGAGUGAUUGCUGGUGGCAAGGUGACACUGCCUCCAGGUACACCAGUGUUCAAGAAUGACAACAAGGCAAAGGCCAGGCUGAUGAAGGGAUUGGAUACAGUGGCCUUUAUGCGACAGGAGGCCAUCAAGCGAGCCACAUCUGGUCAGCUGGAGGGUGAGGAAGAGGGAGGCGACGACGAAGAAGAUGACAAUGACUCCAAGAAGAAGAAGAAGCCAGCGGCCAAAAAGACGGCCAAGGUCAGCUACACCCCAUUGGAGCAGCAAGUGGUAGCACUCAAGAAGAGUCAUCCAGACACAGUGCUCAUGGUCGAGGUUGGCUAUAAGUUUAAGUUCUUUGGAGCAGAUGCAGAGGUGGCCAACAAGGUGUUGAACAUCUAUAGUUAUGUGGCAAAGAACUUUCUCAAUGCAAGCAUACCAGUGCAACGACUUCAUUUCCAUCUUCGUCGUUUGGUACAUGCCGGCUACAAGGUUGGUGUCGUCGAACAAGUCGAGACCGCUGCACUCAAACAGUUGUCAACCUCUCGCUCUCAGCCAUUCGAUCGCAAGCUGACCAGAGUAUACACAACAUCUACAUUCGUUGAUGAUGUUGACGUCAAUGAGAAUGAUCCAUCGAAUGUAUCACCAAACUACUUGGUUGCCUUUGUUGAGGAGACAAAGGAUAGCCAAAGGACCUCCAUCUCAUUCAUUGCUGUAUCAAUCAGUACUGGUGAGAUCAUAUAUGAUACAUUCCAAGAUGACCUGCUAAGGACUCAUCUCGAGACCAGGCUGACACAUUUGAAGCCAUCCGAGGUGUUGCUGCCACCAGACCAGAGUGGAACAGCAGCAGACAUGUCAGAUGGUUCUCAACAACCAAAGUGGAACCUUACCAAUUUGACCAAGAAGUGCAUCAAGACAUAUUGUAAGCUGAACAAUGUUAGGGUACAGACGAUGAAGCAGGAGCUCUACGACUAUGACACUGCACUCAGCACAAUGAUUGAGUAUUACGAGAGUGGUGAAGAUCCCACCGGUGUGCUUCCAAUGAUCAGGAAGAUGGAACGUGGACAAUUGGUGUGUCUAUCAAUCCAACUCAGCUAUCUCAAAGAAUUCAUUCAAUUCUCCUCAGUGUUCAACCUUGCCAGUAACUUCAAAGCAUUCACAAAGUCCAACCAUCUCAUCCUGCCACACUCCACAAUUGAGAACCUAGAGAUAUUGGCGAAUGAAUGGAACAAGAAGGAGAAAGGAUCAUUGUACUGGGUGAUGAACAAGACACAAACGAUUGCAGGAAGACGACUGUUUGUCGAAUGGAUCUGCAAACCAUUGAUGAGAACAGAUUUGAUUGUUGAGAGACAGGAUGCAGUACAAGAGAUCAUCCAAGGAUUUGGAACACCAGCAAUCGAGACACUCACCAACUUCCUAAAGAGCUCAAUACCUGAUCUCCAAAGGAACCUCUCCAAGAUAUAUUACAAGGCACAAUGCCAGCCAAAGGACUUUAUCAGCACCAUGAAGUCAUUCCAAAAGCUAUCUGAUUUGAUGGGUGUUGGAAAGCUUCAUCAGUUCAAGUCCAAACUACUACAGGAUAUAUUUGCCACGGACAGCACAACGAUCAAUAAUGGCAAGAACAUUGUCAACUCUAAUCUGUUGUUCCAGGAGCGAUUGGACUUCUUCCUCACAUCAAUAUUCCAUCAGAACGCUGUCAAGAACGAGAUGGAUACAUUGUGGACUGAUGACACUGUCUAUCCCAAGAUAAAGGAGACCAAAGAGAGCAUUGCCAAGGUGGAGGAACAGUUGAAGCAACACUUGAAGAAGGUUAGCAAGGAGUUGAACAAGCCAACUUUGGAGUACUUGCACCAGCCAAAAAACAACCUAGAGUACUUGAUUGAGUUGCCUCUCAACUUUAAGCCAGUGCCCAAGGAGUGGAUCAAAGAGAACACCACAACCAAGUUUGCCAGGUAUCAUACGCCCGAGAUCAUUCAAUUGCUCAAGGUACUGGCCCAGAACAGGGAGAAGCUUACCAUCAAUGCAAAGGAGGCAUGGUUAGACUUCCUUGGCAAGUUCUCAAAUGACUAUUCACUAUUCUCAAAUAUGAUCAGCAAGAUGGCCAACCUUGACUGUCUAUAUUCGUUGGCCAAACUUGGAUGUCAGAGUGGAUACGUGCGUCCACAGUUUACAGAGGAGAGUGGCAUUGAGAUUGUUGAGGGUCGUCAUCCAAUCGUCGAACAACUACUGGGUGAUGGAACAUAUGUUCCAAACUCUGUCAAUCUCAAAUCGGAUGGUGAGCGAGCAAUGAUUAUCACUGGUCCAAACAUGGGUGGAAAGUCCUCAUUCAUUCGACAGACAUCACUCAUUGUUAUCAUGGCACAGAUUGGAUCAUUUGUCCCUGCACAGAGCUGUAAGCUAGGCGUGGUCGAUGCCAUUUACACGAGGAUGGGAGCCAGGGACAACAUUGAGAAGGGAAGCUCAACAUUCUUUGUCGAGUUGCAAGAGACAUCGUCAAUCCUCCGCGAGGCUACAUCACGAUCACUGGUAAUCCUGGACGAGUUGGGUAGAGGUACCUCUACGCAUGACGGAGUGUCACUGGCCUAUGCAUCACUCAAAUAUAUCGUGGAGAGACUCAAGUGCUACUGUCUGUUUGUCACACAUUAUCCAUUGUUGGCCGAACUAGAGACACACUACCCCAACAAUGUAUCCAACUAUCAUAUGAGAUUCAUGGAGGAAAAGACUGAUGGAGGAGACCAAAUUCCAAAUGUUGUGUUCCUCUACCAGGUCACUAGGGGACCUGCCAAGAAUAGUUAUGGUCUCAAUGUUGCAAGAAUUGCUGAUCUCCCCAAGACAAUCAUUGCAACUGCUGCCAUCAAGUCUGAAGAGAUGAAACAUCAAAUCACAAACAGAGUGUUCAACUCGUCCGACAAUGAUAUCCAGGAGCAUGGAUCAGUACUUUCAAAGCUGAGGUAUCUGAUUGGACAAUCUGCCACCACUACUUCCAAAGAUGAUGUAUACAACCAAAUCAAACUACUUCAAUUACAGUUGAAGCAAUAA